UAGAAUCAAAUCAAAGCAGGGCAUUUGCGAGUGUUUUCUGUUUAGGGUUUCAAAGUCGAGCAGUCGAUCGAAGAAAGAUGUCUGGGCGAGGAAAGGGAGGAAAAGGGCUUGGCAAAGGAGGUGCGAAGAGGCACAGGAAGGUUCUGCGCGAUAACAUUCAGGGUAUCACCAAGCCUGCCAUUAGACGUUUGGCCAGAAGAGGAGGCGUUAAGCGUAUCAGUGGCCUCAUCUAUGAAGAGACCAGGGGUGUGCUGAAGAUCUUCUUGGAGAAUGUUAUAAGGGAUGCUGUGACAUACACUGAACACGCUCGUCGCAAGACUGUGACAGCCAUGGAUGUUGUGUAUGCCCUUAAAAGACAGGGCAGGACUCUCUAUGGUUUCGGGGGUUAGCCGAUCUGCUCUUAAAUGUUCUUCUUUCUUUAUCUUUCUUUUGGUGUUUCUCAACACCACUCUACUUUGCGAAAUUGUUUGACUAAGUGCUUCAUUUGAAAUUUGUAACAGUGUUGUUGUUGUUUAUAUUGCUGUAGCAUGCCAAAAUAUACUGGAUUCACUGCAUUCAAAUCUGAAAGCUUGAUUGUGUUGA